GAAUGUCUCCGCCGAGUGCCUCGCUCUCUGCUGCCACUCUAACCGUGUCCCCUCGCUGUCUCUACCCCCCCCGCAGGACCUGCGUAAGAAGGCAGCCCGGCUGGUGGCCGCCAAGUGUACCCUGGCAGCGCGUGUUGACAGCUUCCACGAGAGCUCCGAAGGGAAGGUGGGCUACGACCUGAAGGAGGAGAUCGAGCGGAAGUUCGACAAGUGGCAGGAGCCUCCACCGGUCAAGCAGGUGAAACCUCUCCCCGCCCCCCUGGAUGGUCAACGCAAGAAGCGAGGAGGACGGAGGUACCGCAAGAUGAAGGAGAGACUGGGGCUGACGGAGAUCCGAAAACAAGCCAAUCGCAUGUGCUUUGGUGAGAUCGAAGAGGACGCCUACCAAGAAGACCUGGGCUUCAGUCUGGGGACUCUCGGCAAGUCGGGCAGCGGGAGAGUGCGGGCAGCUCAGGCCAAUGAAGUGACCAAGGCCAGGAUCUCCAAAUCACUCCAGGUGAGAGGACUGGAGGCUCCGACCAAGUGAGGGGCUCUGGGUCUCAGUGCGGGAACAUCCUCCU